GCGCCACAGCGCUGUCUUGUGCUGCCGGGGACCCUGAACGACUCCUGUCUGCAGGGGUGACACCCGCUAACAAGCUCUAGCUCCAGCCCAGGUGGAUCUUGCCUUGUCGAUGUUUGGACAUCAAAAAGUCAACCUCCGCCUUCGCGACCGCAGCUUUGAACUCAUGCCUGGCUGAGCCAUCACACCCGGACCCUUCGAAAGUAUCUCGCCUCGUUCUCACCGAACCCAGCCCUGAGACAUUCCAGAUUGAGUCGCAACAUUCUAGAUAAGGCACUUGCAGAAAUGCGUUGUUCUGGUUCAUUCGGCAUGAGUCAACCAGCCAUACAGUCCGUCAGGGACCUCCCGCUCACAAAAGAGUGCAAUCACUGGACCGAGAUUAGCCAAGUCCCGUGGGACUUGCAGAAAUACUGGCAACAGAGAUACACAAUCUUCCCAUACUACGACGAUGGCUUCCACCUCACCCAUGACGCGUGGUUUGGCGUCACCCCAGAGCCAGUAGCAAUCAAAAUUGCCACAGAGAUGGCUUCCACGACUCCACCCCACAAGCGCAUCAUCAUCGACGCCUUUGCCGGGGUGGGCAACAACAGCAUCGCCUUUGCCAGCGCAGCGGAGCCCGGCGACCCGGACAAGUUCCGGUGGGACAGGGUCAUCGCCAUCGAGCGCGACACGGCGACGCUCGCGUGCGCACAGCAUAACGCGUCGCUGUACGGCCCCGAGGUGGCGGACAGGAUCACCUGGAUCAACGGGGACAGCUUCGAGUACCUCGCCCUGCUGCGGCGGAGUAGUAGUAGUAGUAGUGGUGGUGGCACCUGCCGCGAGGGGCCGGAAGGCGCCGACUCCUCCUCGGGGCAUAGCAACAGUCUCCUGUCAGAAGAUCUGGCUGUGGACGUCGCCAGCACCGUCAUCUUCGCGUCCCCGCCCUGGGGCGGGCCGGGAUACAGCACCGACGAGGUGUUUGACCUGUCCGGGAUGGAGCCGUACAACCUCGCACAGCUGCAUGAAGCUUACAAGAUCAUGGACCACGCGCUGUACCUGCCGCGGACCAGUGACCUUCGGCAGAUCGCCCAGCUCGCCCCAACCACAUCAGCGGACGAUGUGUCUGAAGACGGCGUGAGAAAGAAGGUUGACGUAGCGCAGUACUGUGUCCAUGGCGCGAGUAAAGCUCUUGUCGCAUACAUUCCGGCUUCACCUGCCGCGGCUCCGGAUGGUUCCAUAUAAAGAAUCUCUCAAACAAGGCACACCAUGGACCAUGGCAUAUGCUACGAAGUCGCAGGGGAUAAGGGCA